AUGGAGAAACUUCUCAACUUUCAACCCGUGAUUCAAAAGACUAAGGAACCUGGUUUCUGUGUCAAAGCUCGCAUAAAAGGAAGCAGCUCCAAGUUUUUUAUCAACUUUUGCCAUUCUACUGUGAUCUCCCCUCCAACUCUGGUUUUAAGUGAACGAGAGCUGGAAGCCUACAUUGAAAGUGAAAACGUUGAAGAGCUUAGCAAAUUCACAAUUCCUUUAAUUAUUGAAAAUCAAGAAUCUACAAAAGACAAAAAAGGUGUCUCAUCAAAACUGUCACAUGUCAUAGUAAACAGCAAGUUCUACGGCGAAUACAUUGCUUCAUCAGUCGUUUACAAAAGUUUUCUAGUUCACAUUACGAUUGGAUUACUAAAUGAAAAAUUCAACGUCAGCAUUGAUUCAAGUGAUUAUGUGAUACUGAAAAAUAAGCAGUUUCAACUGCCGGAUAACCAAGACACUUUUAACAAACUCCUCAAAGAUACACUAGUUGAGGCUAAUACUGAAACAAACAAUAACAAAAUGGAAGUUCUCGACAAUGCCAAAGUUUUAGACAAUGAGCCCGAGAACAGCGCCGAUUCAAAUUUNUUAACAAACUCCUCAGAGAUACACUAG